AGUUAUCCCAGCCGUUUCUCUCACUACACUUUCUCUCUCUAAACCUUAACCCUAGCAAUGCCCGAUUUCGCGAAUUUUCUGGAGCCACCACCGCCGCCGUCGUCUCCAGCCGCCUUACCCCUCAUUUCUCGCUCAAUUAUCGAUGCCGGUGACCCGAAUUCCAAGCCCCCCUCGAAAUUGGGCAGCCGAGACUCUGACCCGCAGCUCAAGAGCGAAUGCCCGAACCCGAAGCCUGACGAGCAAUGCAAUGAGUUGGAUACCGAAUUGAAUUACAAGUCCGACUCGACGAUUGAGCACCAAGACUCCGACCUGAGCUCCGAGCCGGAGCUCCGGGUUGUGCAUAGAGAAGACGAAGUUAAAUGCCAGAGUAACGGAGAAAUUAGGGUUAGGGGGUGCCAGAGAGAUAUUAAGAGGUUUGCCACCGCAAAUAAGAGUUUGGAUGAGUUUGUUAAGGAUUGGGUUACACGGAGUGUCAAAGCUGGUGUUCCUGAACACCGCUGUUUCUUGCCGUUCCUUUCGCAAGCUCCAAAAUCGGUUGAGUGCCCUGUUUGCCAGAACUUAAUUUUCCCUGGUGAAGACUUGUCAUGCUCUGUUCGGGGUUGCCAGGUAGUUGUGCACCAGCUGUGUGCAAUAGAAAGAUUGGGUUUCUCUUCUACAAAACAAUUCAAGUGCCCUCAGCAUGUAUGCUUUGCUUGUAACAAAAUGAAUCAUAUAUGGCGAUGCAUUAAGUGUCUUAUUGCGUCACAUGACAAAUGUGCAGCAUUCCCCGAGUAUGUUGUCCAUCUGACUAGUCAUCCCGGGCGGGUCAUCUGUUGGAAACAUCAUCCAGAUUGGCGUCUGGAGAAGGAGCAUGAAGAUCCAAUCAAAAGUAUUGAGGAAAUAUUCACUCACUUGCCUCUACCAUACAUGGAGGAGGAAUUUAAGAUCAACUUAAACUGGAAGGAUGCGAAUGACGGCAAAUUGGAGCCACCUUCAUAUGAGCCAAUCAAGCGAAAUGUGUACCUCAUCAAGAAAAAGCGUGAUAAUGUUGGUGCUGAUAUUGGAUGCACAAAUUGCAGCUCUACAAAAUGUUCAGACAGUUGUAUCUGCAGGGUUCAGUCCAUAAGCUGCUCAAAGGCUUGUCGCUGCUCUGGUAAGUGCUCAAAUAGGCCAUUUCGAGAAGAGAAAAAGAUUAAACUUGUCAAGACUGAACUCUGUGGUUGGGGUGUUGUAGCAGCUGAAUCCAUCAAGAAAGGGGAUUUCAUUAUAGAGUACAUUGGAGAAGUUAUUGAUGAUGCCUUGUGUGAAAAGAGGCUCUGGCAAAUGAAAUACAGUGGAGAGAAAAACUUCUACAUGUGUGAAAUAAGGAAGGAUUUCACAAUAGACGCAACUUUCAAGGGCAACUAUUCACGUUUUCUCAAUCACAGCUGUGAUCCCAACUGCAAACUGGAGAAAUGGCAGGUUGAAUGUGAGACACGUGUUGGUGUUUUUGCUGAUCGAGACAUUGAAGUGGGAGAGCCAUUGACAUAUGAUUACAGAUUUGUACAAUUUGGGCCAGAAGUGAAGUGCCAUUGUGGUGCCCCUAAUUGUCAAGGCUUUCUUGGGAUAAAAAAGAAGAUUAGUACUAAACUAGACAUUUACUGGGGUUCUAAACGCAAGAGAACCUCUACUACUUGUUUGGCAAUGGUCAAAGUGAAUCCAUGAUAAGCCAAUUCUUUUUGUGUCUAGUCAUUCAUUGUUGUAUUUUGCCUUCUUAACAUCUGUAAUAGAGAAAUAAGAAAGAGAAAAAAAAUUCAAGAGGAAAGCAUAUUUUUGUUUUCGACUACUAAGAAACAAAGGCCAUUGUAACAAAUCAUAAAAAGAAAAAAUGAGCAAUGUAUAACAUUGAAUUUUGUCUUGAAUUUUUGUAUAUAUAUACUUGUUUCAGCUA